UGACGCAUGUGUUAGCUAGUUGAAGAUUUUGGCUCGGUGUACGGUUAACUGGACGGCCAAAUUGGCGCGUUGCGAUCGGUAGCCAUGUACUCCGAUCCCAAAGUUGCAAUCUCUCGUAGGUCCCAUGUGGAUUUGGAGUUGAAUUACUGGCCCACGUCAAUGUCCUUGGAUUUUACUCAACCUCUCGCUCGCUCGCGGUCUCGGGUAGUUACAUGGGCGGCUGGCUAGUCAGCUGCAGAGAUGGUGGUAAAUUUUGGGAGGGUUUGCCUCGGUGGUGACGUUGACGACGACUUAUCAAGCAGGCUGCAGGCAGGAGUUGACAUGGGCGGCUAGUCACUGGUUCUUCCAUUGACCACCCAGCGUGAUUGAUUCUUGGGUAAACGCAUGAAUUCCGUCCUUUCCUUUGUCUCUGUCUCCCAACUUCCCAGGGCAGAGAUCCUUCUGAUCCUUCUGCUUCCCCCUCUUCUUUUUCCCCCGAAAAUUCACCAUUCUCAUUAGUGAACUGGUUCAUUAUUAGGACAAAUAAGACGUUAGCAGUAGUUGCCUGAAGCUUCGAGUGUGUUGAGCUGGUCCAUAAACUAAUGCUCAUAGUAGGUGACAAUGUAAAUCAUUAGUACAUGAUCACCAAGUGGCAUUCUGCGUAGAAGUACCAAAAUAGUGGGGACAGAUGGGCACGGGCUAAAUUUGGCAUCGUGCACGGCGCACCAGCCGCUACCAGGGGCUUUCUUUGAACUGAUAAGGCUAACGGGAUAAGUUACGCUUUAUAUCUUUCGAAAGCGGUCAAUCGGAGUUGUUAGAAGUGGCGGGCCAUGAAUUUUUGGAGCCGAAAGAAGCGAAUAUUAAGGAAAGACCUAAUAUCAAAUAAUUAGAAGGGUUGAUACUUUGAACCCAGAUCGUCUCGUUCACCAUCUUGUGGAGCUAGCCGGAAGACCCUGGACGUUUCUCAAAUUUUUGGAGCCCAACAUAUACGCAGACAUAAUUGGAAACACAAUGGAAAGCUCAACAUAUAAGACAUCAUAAUGGUGCGAUCUAUUGGCUUCUUAACCUUAGUUACUGCUCCCUCCGGUACAAAAAUCUUGAUGUUUUAACCUUGUAAAUGGUGAUUGCGAAUUGUUAAUGCUUCUAUCUUAGCAUGUUAUAUUGGACCGCUUUGCCCUACAUGCUUGGAAGUAAAAACCAAGUAAAAAAGCUAGGGAAUUGGACCUUUAGCUCGCACCGAUACAGGUGAUUAAUUCAAACCAACGGCAGCAGUGUAGUGAUUACCAUGAGUACAAUACUAUAUUUAAUAUGGUAAAAUAGUAAAUUGAUACUGUAAUAUGGAGUAAAUCACUUCUUGGUAUGUGAGAUCAUGUUCAAAACAUCAAUAAUUUUGAAACUGGAAGGAGUACACACUGCCCUUCUCAACUUUUAAACGCUACUAUUUCCAAAAAGAAAACUUUAAAAUGCAAUAAACAGAUAUGAAAAACUGUUCCCUCAAAAAAUAUAUGAAAAAUUCAAAACAGGAAAUGCGGUAGUGCUAGAAAUAUGAAAUUAUGAACUUUAAUCAGUGUAGUUUGUAUUGAAAUUUUAAUACAAUGGGGAAUGAAAGCUUAUAUAAAAAUAAAAAAUAUAUAGAAAAUGCAAAACAAUAUACUACCUUGGUGCCCCCAUUAACGAUAGUACUAGAGAUUGCCACCACUAAGCUAAUUCCGGUCUAUGAGUCUAUCCAAGUGCUUUUACAUAAAAGAGCAUUGUGAGCUUUGCUGAUAAUGACAUAGAUUUCGGCAAAAUAUGGUACCAAAUGCUAAUGCCUUUCCUGCAAAGAUUCUGAUUCUAGGAGUUGAUAGAUACCUACAUAAUUUUUAGGCUUACUUUUUUUUCAAAAUUACUUUCCAAAUUGUUGAAAUGAAUUUUGUGCUCUACGCUCCUAAAAUAUAUUUUCUCAAAAAAAUAUUCUAUUGUAUUGCACACUUGUUUUAAGUUCAUUUAUUAAAUGUUUAAUUUAUAACUACAAUCAAGUAGAUAAUCUGUACAACAAUCCACUUAAUAAUCCUUAGAUUGUGUUUGAGUGAUGAAAUGAGAAAAUUAAGAAGAUACAACAAACAAGAUGAGUCAUUAGCUUAUAUGAAUUGAGUAUUAACUGUUUUAAAUUUGAAACUAUAUGAAUUGAGUAUUACUUUAUUAUAUUUAUCUAUAAACAUAGUUAAACAUGAGACAGUUUGACUGACCAAAAAUCAAAACAACUUAUAAUCUAAAACGGAGGGAGUACUGGUUAGUGGUAGGAACUAGCAACGCAGCACAUAUGUGUUCAAUCUGCAUUAGGUUUUUGGUUAGAGAGAAGAUACUAGAUAUUAACACGUUUUUAUCAGAAAGUACUCCUUCUGUCCUAUAUUAUUAGGUUCAGAAAAAUGUAUCUACAAGUUCUCAUAAUAUUAGGAUAUGUCAAAUUAGGUAGGUUUUUAUUAAACACAUGAAGUAUUCUGUAGGAGUUUUUUUUUAGUUUUAGUUACAUCCGUACAGGUAAGCGUUGACCGGUUGGAAAGUGGACUAGUCUCUGCUUACCGGCAAGAGUAGGUGUGGAACAAAGGGCGUAGUAGCCUGUUAUACAACAGGUAGAAAACAAUGGUGGACAGCAGCGUGCACUAGCUAGCUGGAAGAGGGUUAAUAGGAGUACACGACGAUGAGUCCGGACAAACUGGUCCAGUCACAUCAGGGCGGUUAUAACAGCUAGCUGCCCAUAGGGCACCCCGGAAACUCGCACGCGUGGACGACGAUCGUUCGUGUAUCAGGUCAAACAUUUCGACACAGAGGAAUAGUUCCCGUGUGCAAAGUUUCUUACUUCCAUCUCCCCCACAAACUUCCAUCUCCUUCAGAAAUCCCCUAUCCCCCUCCUCCUCUUUCUGUCUCGAUGUCCCCGAGCUUCUUCUUUGUCGUCGUCUCGGCCUGGUCGCUAGCGCUGAUGCUCGCCGCGGCGGCGAGGGGAGCCGAGGAGGAAGGAGGAGGAGGCUGCCUGGGCAGCCAGAAAUGCGGCGACCUGAAUAUCUCCUCUCCGUUCUGGAUCAUCCAGGGCCAGGCGGAUAAGCCGUGUGGUCCUCUGGAUUACCAGGUAUAUUGCAACAACUCCACCGGCGUCGCAACUCUUCGAAGCUCUACAGACAGCGGGUUUGAUAUCAUCAACAUAUCAUAUGGGGACCGUACUAUGCUCGUCUUUGAUGUCCAUAAGCUAGCUCGCCUGAAUAACUCCACCGGCUGCAGUAUCCCAGUGUUUAACACCUUCGCCAAGCUGCCCAUCACGUUUACAAUCAGCCCUUCCAAUCACAACCUCGUCUUCUACAACUGCACCGAGGCGCCGCCGGCGGAGCAGCAGCAACAACUGGGGCUCGUGGAGACGAGAUGCGGUAACAACACGUUUGCUCGCCUGGGAGGGCGUUUCCACGGGGAGGGCGACUACGACAAGUACUAUUUGGAAGGCUGCAGCAGAAACAGCACCGUCUUCUUGCCGGUGCUGGAACCGCCUGAUGGCAAGGCGAACGCCAGCAGGUAUGUGGAGCUCGUGGGUGGAGGCUUCCUCAUAACAUGGGACCUGCCACCGCCAGUGACAUCUUCUGGUUCAAGAAGCAAGAGUCACAUAAUAGGAAUAGCAUGUGGAUCAAGCGGCGGAAUAUUAUUGAUUGUAUCUAUAUUCAUUUUUGCUUGGCACAAACGCAAGAAGAGGAAACAAACCCGAGAUUUGAAAGAUCUCAUGCAUAGUUCAUCUUCAAUGCAAUCAUACAGCAAAGACCUUGAGUUGGGUGGUUCUCCCCAUAUAUUCACUUACGAGGAACUUGAAGAGGCUACUGCUGGAUUUAGUGCCUCGAGGGAACUUGGUGAUGGUGGUUUUGGAACUGUUUACAAAGGAAAGCUCCGGGAUGGGAGAGUAGUUGCAGUGAAGCGCCUUUACAAGAACAACUACAGACGAGUAGAGCAAUUCCUAAAUGAGGUAGACAUUUUGUCCCGCCUACUGCACCAGAACCUUGUUAUCCUAUAUGGCUGCACGUCUCGUUCUAGCCGUGACCUUCUCUUGGUCUAUGAGUACAUCCCAAAUGGGACAGUUGCAGACCAUCUACAUGGACCCCGUGCAGGAGAACGAGGCCUCACAUGGCCUGUAAGAAUGACAAUUGCGAUAGAAACGGCUGAGGCACUGGCAUACCUUCAUGCAGUUGAAAUCAUACACCGUGAUGUCAAGACCAACAACAUAUUGCUGGACAACAACUUCCAUGUCAAAGUUGCGGACUUUGGACUAUCGCGCCUGUUCCCGCUUGAAGUCACCCAUGUAUCAACUGUUCCACAGGGCACACCAGGGUAUGUUGACCCAGUGUACCACCAGUGCUACAAGCUAACCGAUAAGAGUGAUGUGUAUAGCUUUGGUGUUGUGUUGAUAGAGCUAAUUUCCUCAAAACCAGCUGUGGACAUGUCCAGGAGCCACAGUGACAUUAACUUGGCUAACAUGGCUCUCAACAGAAUUCAGAACCAUGAAGUUGAUCAGUUGGUUGAUCCAGAGAUCGGCUAUGAGACUGACAGUGAAACAAAGAGGAUGGUAGAUCUGGUGGCCGAGCUGGCCUUUCAGUGCUUGCAGAUGGACAGAGAGAGCAGGCCACCAAUUAAGGAGGUAGUGGAGGUCCUGAAUUGUAUCAAGAACGGGGAAUGUCCAGCGGAAAAGAUGAACAAGAAUGCGUCUCCAAAGGAAGAUUCGCAUCUGCUGAAGGACAGCCUACAGUAUUCGCCUGACUCAGUAAUCCAUAGAUUUCAUAGCCAAUCUACUAACCACUCGGUAGCAUCAAACUCUAGCGGAUGAUGAGAAACUUUGUAUUGAUUCUGAUGAAAUAAGGAUAACUAAGUUGUCCCCUCUUGGUUGAUGGACUAAUUAAUACUACAAGUGUUUGACUAUGAGCUUGGCAGAAAUUCAGACAAUUGGUGAAUGCGGUAGGAGAAAUACAGGGUUCAAACAAUCUCGUGUAAUCUAGUGUUCAGUGUGUUCAUGAUUUCAGGUUAGCGAGUGGUAUCAGGGAGAACACAUCCCAUUGUUACCCUAACUAGAGGUUGCAAUUUUGCAAGCAUUCCUCC